AUUGCUCUAUCGAUGAAGAUUGUGUGUCAUGGUGUGAAUUUAGACACGGAAUGAAAUCCAUGAAUAAAAUCAUUCUCCCAGUUUUACCAGCUGACAGUUUGAGCUUUGGCAACGGAAUUUAGACACUCGAGUUUUUCGCCUGGUGCAUGUGCUUUCAAGAGAUUGGAAGUUAAAUACUCUGAGGGAAUUUCAGCUUUAUGGUGAAGAUUAAAACAGCGUUUAGUCAAAUAAUACCACUUAACGUCGUCACAUGACUUCCAAUAUAUAAUUUCUAUUUUCAUAACUGUCUUUAAGAUUAUAUCAGAUGGUCAAGUAAGCUAUGUUGCAACAGCUUUUGCUCAGAGAUAACAUUUCCUUUCUGACAGACAAUAUUGACUUCCAUAAUGUCUGCUCAUUCUUCAACUAGUGCUUCUCAUGGGCAAACUAUUCAGUCUGGAAACCUUGAUCAAGAGUUGAUUUGUAAAGAAAGUAAGACCGGGUACCAGUCAGAGGAAUGCAAAGCUCUCAAUGCACAGGAUACGCACCGGGAAAUGGCCAAGGUAUCAAGGGGAGAUUCCCCAAAGAGCUGUGAUGCUUCAACAAUGGACAUGACAGAGACGCUUGGUAAGAGUCAGGAUAGCUCUGCUAAACUUGGUGACACCUAUGCCUCAUCAGAAUCCUCUGGCUUUGAUUCACCCAAUAAACCAGCAAAUACAAGCACCUCUACAGAUGAACAGAAUACGGCUUGUACUCUGGCAACCACUAAUGGCCUAGGUAGCACAUCACCUGAAAGCCAUGCCAACCAAUCACUUCCACGUCAAUUCAUGGUGCCAUCUCUAGUAGAUAUGAAAAGCACGACCGGCGGAAGCACCAAGACGAGCAACAGACAAGAAGCACAUCAUCACCCCAGUCGAGGAGCAGUCAGAGGACUCGAUAUCAUGUGUCAAGUGUGUGGAGACAGGAGUUCAGGACGACAUUAUGGCGUCUACAGCUGCGAUGGUUGUCGGGGUUUCUUCAAGCGGAGUGUUCGAAGGAACCUUGCCUAUGUGUGUAGAGACGGUGGUCGCUGUGUUGUUGAUGUGGCUCGGAGAAACCAGUGUCAGGCAUGCAGGUAUCGAAAAUGUCUUGCUGUUAACAUGAACCGAGAUGCCGUACAACAUGAGAGGGCCCCACGAUGUUUUGCUCGUCCCUACAACAUUCCGGUCACCCAUCCUCAAAACCCGCGCUCUGGAGAUGAUAGCAAACCAGAAAACUCCACCACCCAGGCCCAGAUUUCAAGGAUAACAUCACUUUCCGAACACCAUCCACCCAUAACGAGUUUGACCCCCGAGCGGAGAUCUUGCUUUGUUCCCGUGGUGCCAGAUUACAUUUCUCGACUCCCGCCAAAAACGACCAAUCAAGACGCGGGAAAGUUUGGACCUCUCACACCGUUGACCAAUCAGCAGACUCCAUUGCCCCAUCUCAUGGAUGUACAGCGGUUAGCGGUGGGAGCCUGUGCGAAGAUGGAGAGUAUACAGGAAAAACAGGACAGUAAGCCAACUUAUAUGCCACUUCCGGGUUCACCCUUCAUCCACCCUUUCCCAAUCUCAACAAAUAGCAACGCCCCGCUGACAUCACGUGACUUACUAUACGAGGCCGCCGCACAUUUAUUGUUUAUGACUGUAAAGUGGGCAAGAGGUUUGCCCGCGUUCUUAAGUCUGUCAUUCAGCGAUCAGGCAAUCUUACUGGAGGAAUCUUGGGGGGAGCUCUUCAUCCUUGGUGCCUGUCAGUGGUCGCUCUCCAGGGAAUUCGGGCAGUUGUUCAGCUCAGAGACACUCAAUACGCUGAAGAACGACCAAUCAGAUACGACUAUUCAGAAUGACGUCAGAAUACUUCAGGAUAUCGUGUGCAGAGUGAGAGAGCUACAGACAGAUCCCAUGGAGUUUGCCUGCCUCAAAGCUUUGGCUUUGUUUAGACCAGAUUCUCGUGGUGUUUGUGAGGUAUCAAUAGUUGAGAGACUACAGGACGAGACACAGCUAUCCCUAGCUGAAUACAACCAUACUCAUUACAUGACGCAAAGGGCACGCUUUGGAAAGCUGCUUUUACUACUUCCUUCUGUUCGCAAAGUGCAUUCCAGGACCAUCGUGAACCUGUAUUUCCGUGGAACCAUCGGAAGUGUACCAAUCGAGCGUCUCAUCUGUGAUAUGUUCAAAUCAUGUUAAGCUAGUCUUCUGUACACACACCAUCAUGUCGCAACCACACUACUGAAACCGACUCUGAUAAUAGUUUGUCGUUUAAAAUAACAUUGUGAUCGCUCUCGAAUGAAUUUUUUCGUUAUGACUGAUACAUUACGUGAACCAUCCCGAGUCAUCGCGGGUGACAUUACCAGAUAGCACACACUGAAACCAGUUAACAGCAGGGCUACAAUCCUGGUUUCUCAGCUUGAUCCUUUUCACAAGUGAUAUUCGAUAAGGCUCAGAGUUUGUGAGCUACCAGCUAUCCUACACCUGACUCUCAUAUACAGACGUAUAUAUAGACCUUGAUAUGAUACAAUAAUCCUAUUUGAACCUUCAUAGCUUUUGGUAUGAUUGUUUUUAAGUUUUCCUCUUCACAUCACAAUAGCUUCCCUCUUCAAAUUAAAAGAAGAAAAGAUGUACUGACAAGUUUUUAUUUCAAGAGAAGGAACACAUCUUUAUAUAUACAGUCAUUUUUUUUUACUCUGUAACAUUAUCAAAGGUCUUCAUGUAAUUCAGUCUUUAGGUAUUCAAUCCUAAUUCAUCCAAUUGUCGUCUUUAUAUUUUCACUCUCUAUUUCAUUUCCCCUUUCAAGUGCAAUAUUUCAUAUAUUUAAUACAAUCCAGCUCAUGUUUAUUUCAAUCAAUAAGUCACAAAACAUACAUAGAUACUGUAUAUGUCUAAUGCAUAUUGGGUGCUUAUGUAUAUGGGCAAGAGUCAAAAUUCACAUAUGAACCCCCUAAUUCAAUUAUUUUUCCCACUUAUCUUCUUUUUUUUCAUUCAUAAGUUACUUGUAUCUUUGCUUUUUUACAGGAAGGAAUAUUCAUAAUAAUGAUAUCAAAGUUUCUAUUCCUUUGAUCUAAAAGCAGUUUGUCUAAUUCCCACAGAAUGGACUAAACCCAUUUGAUCUACUAUAAGUUUGGUGAAGUUGCUAUUUGGUCUACAAUACAAUUUGUUUAAUACUCAUUUUAAUGGUAAUUGUCCUAUGAAAUUCAACAAUUUUCUUUAAAAAUAAUAUCAUUAAUGCAGAACUGAUAUUCCCAAUUAAAUCAUACCAUCCACAUUUUCUUCCUUUAUUUCUCUUCUCAUUUCUACAUCUGAAACAAUCAAACACAAUAAUACAAAUAGUUCAGUUUGGGGUGUAUUUUGAAUGUUUUACAGCACACUUCAACAUGUCAAAACAACACGAAUAUAGUAAUAAUUACAUUUGUAUAUACAUUAUAUAUAUCCACAUGUGUAUACACAAGUAGAUAAAAAAACUAUUUGGAUUAUAAAUUCAUGAAAACAUUCUAUUUUUUUCUUCCACAAAGAAUGCAUUGCUGCAUAAAUAUGUGCAGCUUUGGUGCUUAGAAAGCAUAUUCCGACAGUCAAAUGUAAAAUAUGGAUUUUCAUUUUCAUUUUUUACAUGCACUUUAUGACAGAUGACACAUCAUAUUUUGUAAAAAAAACAAAUACAUGUACACACAUAUCUAUUUGAUAUUCAUUCAUAAGAAUACUAAAAUUCCACGCAUCUUGGUAUGUUGCGUGGCUCUCUCUUUACUUUUUUCAUUUCAUUACAUGGUUUAUUUGUUAUAAAUUAUGUAUUAGAAAACCAUACAACAAAGACUGACUGGAAACAAUAAUUAUGAGAAAUCUUUAAAAAAGAGCAAAUAUUUGAUAUAUACAAUACAAUCAAAUAAGCUUAUUUCAGCCAAGAGUCCAAGAAUACCCUCCUUUGUAAGGUUGUCAGAGAAGGGGCAUACUUUAAAUUCAGAGAUGACUAUUGGGAUGAGGCUAUGAUUUCACACUAAUCAGCAAUUAGAGAAAGUGUUGACAUACUUUGGUGUAUAGUUCAUACUCUGUAAUCACCAACUGGUGUAAAUUUUAACACCCCAGUUUUUCAAUCUAAGCUACUCUUAUCCAUGUAAGAUAGUGAACAUUCUUUUAUCUAAGAUAGUUCACAGAGCAAUGCACUAGUAUCAUAAAUAGUACACAGUGCAAUACACUAAUAUCAGAAAUAAUACACAGUGCAAUACACUAAUAUCAGAAAUAGUACACAGUGCAAUGCACUAACAUCAUAAAUAGUACACAGUGUAAUACACUAAUAUCAGAAAUAGCACUCAGUGUAAUACACUAAUAUCAGAAAUAGUACACAGUACAAUAUACUGAUAUCAGAAAUAGUACACAGUGCAAUGCACUAAUAUCAGAAAUAGUACACAGUGUACUAUUAUUAAUAUUAUCCAUUACAAAUCAAAAUAUCAAAAGAUAAUUACUCAGAUAAAACAGGACACCAUCUUAUAUUGAUGGACAAAUUUACACAAUUUACCAUAUGAUUCAUUUUGUACCACUUGGAAACUAAAGGUAAAGAUUCCAUUCCUUUCCCCCAAAAUGUGUCAUACAUAUAUAAUUCUGCAUUUGCAUUAUUCUACUGAUAUCAUGAUAUUAUACACAUUAUUGUAUCUUUUCUAGACUGGUAAAAAUGCAAGGUGAUUAGAUCAAGGAAGGAAAGUUAUA